AUGGACGACCCGACCAUGGACGAGCCCAGCCUGGCGGCAAGCGAGGCCCUGGCUGAUCAGCUCGAGGACAUGGCCAUGUCUGCUGCGUCUGGGUCGCGGCGCGGUGGUCGUCGUGGUGGUGGUGGCGGGAAAGGUGGGAAAGGCGCCGGUGGUGGUGGGGGAAGGGGACGGCGGGAGGUGGACUUGUCGAAGGCGCUGUCGAGGCUGCUGAGGCAUCAGGCUGGCCAGGCGGGGAUUGAGCUUGAUCGGGAGGGGUUUGCGAGGCUUGAUUUGGUGCUCCAAUGGGGCCCGCUGCGUGCCCUCGCGCCCAGCUUCGCCGAGAUCCUCGACGCCGUGCACAACUCGGACAAGCAGCGCUUCGCCAUCAAGCCCAACCCGGCCACCAACCCGGCGCUCGACGAGUCGUCCACCGACCCGCGCCACUGGCUCAUCCGCGCCAACCAGGGCCACAGCAUCAAGCUCGACAGCGAGCACCUGCUCAAGCCGCUCGCCCUGCCCGCCGCGGACGGCAGCGACCUCCCCGAGGGCACGCUCCCGAUCCCGCCGACGGUCAUCCACGGCACCUACUUCGCCUUCUGGCCGGCCAUCGUGGCGUCGGGCGGCCUGCGGCCCAUGGGGCGCAACCACGUGCACUUCAGCACGGGCCUGCCCGAGGACACGGCCGCGGGCGUGAUCAGCGGCAUGCGCCGCGACGCCGAGCUGCUGGUGUACGUCGACGUGGCCGCCAGCAUGCGCGAGGCCGGCAUCAAGUGGUGGAUGAGCGACAACGGGGUCGUGCUGACCGAGGGCGACGCGGACGGGCUCGUGCCGCUGCGCUUCUUCAAGGAGGUCGUCGGGCGCGCCCAGGGCGUCGGCGUGCUCUGGCGCGACGGCCAGAAGGUGGCCGACUUGCCCGCCGGGUUGGUCGUGCGGGUGCCGCAGGGGAAGGCUGGGAGGGCGCGUGCUCAGAAGGAUUGA